UAGGGCUCACCUUUCCUAUAUCUCUCUCCCCCCCCCUCGAGCUUCCAAGUAAAAUCCAAGCCCCAUAGCUUGUGAUUCCGCCGCUCUUCUUCCCCACUAACCUGUACUCUCUCUCUCUCUCUCUCUCUCUCUCUGCAUCUGAUUGUUUAUCAGGAGAAAUUUCUCUUACUCUCCCUGGGUUCCUCUUGCAUCGGGAGUCGGCGGAGUCGCUUCGUCGCCGGAGAGAUCUGGCCGGAGAAUGGCGUACAUGUGCGCUGACAGCGGCAAUCUAAUGGCCAUAGCCCAACAAGUCAUCAAGCAGAAGCAGCAACAAGAACAGCAACAGCAGCAGCAGCAGGACCACCAGAUUUUCGGCAUCAAUCCUUUGUCCAUCAACCCUUGGCCCAACACCACCCACCAAUCCCUCGGAUUCGGGCUUCCGGGCCCGGGUUUCCCCGAUGCGUUUCACGUCUCCGCCGCCGGAGACUCCGGUGACCCCUUCCCCCAGCUCGACCAUCACCAUCCCGUCAGUGCCGGCGGUGGGUUUAGGUUCUCGGAUUUUGGCGGCGGAACCGGUUGCGAGUUUGACUCGGACGAGUGGAUGGAGAGUUUGAUUGGCGGUGGGGACUCGGCCGCAGACGACGGUCCUAAUCUGCAGCCUGGCUGCCAUACCUGGCCGAGCAAUCCCGAAUUCGCAAUCUACGGCCCUGACCCCUUCGUGGCAUGUCCUACUCGACUGAGUGCCGCCUGUUCUCAGCCGUCUGAUCUCAACCGAGUCAUCUUCUCAGAUAAGAACGACCCGGCGAGUCCGCUUCACCAGCCGCCGGUUUCUACCAGCAUGUGGGCUACUUCUCCGCCAUUAGCGCACCCGCUGCCCCCUCCGCCGCAGCAGAUAACCCAGACGGCGGUGGCGAAGGACCUCGAAAAAAAUGACUCCUUCGGCGCAGAUUCGCCGUACUUCGACCUCGAGGUGCCACUCCUGAAAACUCUCCACGAUUGUGCCCGGGCAGCAGAUUCAGAACCGGAUCGUGCCGCCGAAGCGCUUGUCCAAAUCCGGGAGUCGGUGUCGGAGCUUGGAGACCCGACGGAGCGAGUUGGGUUUUACUUCUCGGAGGCUCUCCGCGGCAGAUUAUCUCAGGAAUCUGCGGCGACGGCGAGGGAAUCUCCGGCGUCACUUGAGGACUUCAUCCACUCUUAUAACACCUUAAAUGACGCUUGCCCGUACUUGAAAUUCGCUCACUUGACGGCGAACCAGGCGAUUCUCGAAGCUACGGACCAGGCCAGCAAGAUUCACAUCGUCGAUUUCGGGAUUGUUCAAGGCAUUCAGUGGUCAGCCCUUCUCCAAGCUCUGGCGACCCGGGCUUCUGGAAAACCCGCUCGUAUCCGGAUCUCGGGUAUACCCGCUCCAUCUCUGGGCGAGUCUCCCGGCCCCUCUCUUGUCGCCACCGGAAAUCGCCUCCGUGAUUUCGCUCGACUACUGGAUCUGAAUUUUGAGUUCGACCCGAUUCUGACUCCCAUCCACUUGCUUAACGGGUCGAGUUUCCGGGUCGACCAGGACGAAGCUCUGACCGUGAACUUCAUGCUUCAGCUGUACAAUCUGCUCGACGAGACGCCAUCGGCCGUCGAAACGGCGCUCCGGCUGGCGAAGUCGCUGGGCCCGAGAAUCGUGACCCUGGGUGAGUACGAGGUGAGCUUAAAUCGGGUCGGGUUCUCGAACCGGGUCAAGAACGCACUCCGGUUUUACUCGGCCGUGUUCGAAUCGCUGGAACCAAAUCUAAGUCGAGACUCGCAGGACCGGCUUAGGAUAGAGAGAGUGUUACUGGGUCGAAGAAUCUCGAGCUUGAUCGGACCCGAGAACCCGGGGACCCGGACCGGGAGAGAGAGGAUGGAGGACAAAGAACAAUGGCGGAUUUUGAUGGAAAAAUCGGGCUUCGAAUCGGUGGCUCUGAGCAAUUACGCGGUGAGUCAAGCGAAGAUCCUUCUAUGGAACUACAAUUACAGCACAUUGUACUCUCUGAUUGAAUCCGAACCCGGUUUCAUCUCCUUGGCCUGGAACGAUGUGCCUCUGCUCACCGUUUCCUCCUGGCGCUAAUGGGUUGCCCGACAACGACCCGGUUUUCCCACCCGGUUGAAUUUUUGUUUCUGGUGUGGUGCCAAAAAAACCCCCAAUUCCCAAAUUGUUAAUACGACCCGAUGGUUGAUCCGUCUGUCCAGUCUUGUGUUUAGUUAGAGACUUAACUUUCAGGUCUAGAUUUGUAAUUUUCGGCCAAGCGGUUGUAGCUGUUCGUUAAUUAUUCUUCAACCAGUGUUCAUAUAAUGGA